AUGAAUUUUUCUCCUGCUCCUAAGUGGACUAACAAAGGAAAACCCUUUGCCUUUGUCAUCCUCACACUGUUUCUGCAGCAAGCCUAUCCAACCAAGCUUAACAAGUUUCCCAUCUUUAAUUUUGAUGACGACCUCAAGCAUGUAUGUAUCACUGCUGUGAGCCCCAAUACCACCAAGGCCACCCUCUGUGCUCUCAACUUGUGGAGAUACUGGUGCAUGAGCAGAGGACCCAGAGAUUACAUGGACGUCACGAAGAUCCCAACAGUGAAGCUCAAUGAACUCCUGGAGGGCUUUUACAUCACUGCAGAGAAAACAGAUGGGUCUGACUUUCUAGCCACGUGCCUCCAUGCUAUCCAACGAGGCCUGGACCAGAUCCUCAAGGAUGCUGGUGCUGGUUUCUCCAUCACAAGCGGCACCUUCAGGUCUUCCACCAGAAAGCUCAAGGAGAAGCUUCAGGUCCUGAGCGAGGCUGGGAUGUCUGGUGCCUGCUCUCGCAAUGGUGUCUCCUUCUCCCUUUCUGAUGAGGAAGAGAUGUGGAAGAUGGGAUGCCUGGGAGAUGACAGUCCCAUAGCCCUGCUGCCGCCAGUGGUGAAAUGCAUGAACACGUGAACCUUACAGGAGAAUGUGGACUUAAUGUUUGGUGACACUGAAUUGCUCAAAGACUCCCAGAACAGCCUGUAUUUUUGUGGCAGAACAGACAGUGUGAAGCAACAAAAACAGGGCACUGGCACAGGUUGCCCAGGGAAGCUAUACCACGAGCACUCAAAAGGGCACAAGCUCUGCCCAUACUGCCUCUUCUACAAGUACAUGUACGUACACCAGCCCCGAUGCAGAUGUGGCCAAGUCUACCUUCUAAUGGUCCAGGUUGUCAGCUGCAUGGGGAAUGUCUGGUAUGAGGAGCAGAGGAUGGAGCUCCACUCCCUCAGAGGUGUCGUUGCCAAGCAGGCAAAGAAAGUGAAGCUGGAGCACUGUGAAAAUUUUACGUUUUUCUCCUUCACUCAGGCUUCCAGGAAGUUGGGCACCCAUAAUUGCUAG